AUGGUGUUGUCAACCCGAGUCAGCCUUCAAUGGCUCCCAGACGAGCCUCAAGAAUGCACUAAUACAAUGGUUUUCACUUCGCUCAAAGACCAUUUUGUCGAUGUGCGAAUCUAUAAAGACCAAUAUCCAUAUAGGCAAUCUGGGGAUACACCAGAGAAAUUCGAGAAUGUGUUUCAGUGGGUGAUAGUGGGUGAUGAAGAAGAGAUUGAAGGCACUAACCAAAUCCAAUUCAACCACACGGUCAACUCGCAGGAAAUUAUGAAAUCUUUGGUCUCGGGAAAGCCGUUAUCCGAAUGCCGUAGUGCGCCCGAUAUCGGUUCUUUUUGGGCCAUAGAGGGGACCGAAGACCGCAAAGAAACCGGCAGUAUGGCACAUCCUGAUACGGGAAUAAAAACUGAGUAUGUGGAAAUUUGGCGGUCUUUGAACCCAAAUGCCUCUUCAGUGAAAAGAGAGGUGCGUGAAGGGUAUGAUGUAACAGGGCUGGCGACGCAAGACGCGCCGGGUCCCGUCAUGACCUUUGAUUUAAAAGCUGACGGUUUCAUCGGAAGAAUCAUCAGAUUGGGGAAUUGGGUGCAGGGAGUUAUAUACGAAGAAAACGAAAGAAGAUUCCCCAUUAGUGUUAUGCGCAGUUUCUGGGACGCGGACUCUGGCGUCUGGCAAGAACUUGUGGGAUAUGGAAAACACGAAUUUCCAGAAAUAUACAAGAGCGAAGGGACAUGCCGACUUCCAGGGUCCUGGGAGCUUGUUGAAUAA